CCCGACCAUGCGCGAAUUUUGGGGGCUUUAGCCCCCCAUCUUCACCGCAUGAGAGUGCCCUUGUGACUUGUAGGUCAAGCCCGACGGACCGGUGCCCGCGCCGACCUUUGCCUCGGGCGCGUGCCUUUUGUGAGGCCUUGUGUUGGCCUUUCGGUCCCGAUCACAGCCGCGCCGCGAGGCCCAGGCCGCGGUCGUCUGCUCGCACGCUUGCAGACAACCGCGCAAGCAGCGUCGUCUCAAAUGUUCCGCGCGCGGCGCGUGCAAUCUCUCGAGAGCGUGGUAGUAUUUCUACCCCACCGGCACGCCGUCGUCCCGCUUACGCCAUCGACGCGACACGCCAUCGACGCGACCCAUUUUGAAGAAGCGUCGCUUCUCGCGCGCGUCGAACGCGAGGCGCACGCCCGACGCUUCGUGGCGCAGCGCGAGGAGGUUCCGCCCGUAGAGCGCCUCCGGCAGCUCCUGGUUCGUCGCGCGGCCGAGGCCGAGCUCGCGCUUCCAGGCCACCUGGCUGUCGGCCGCGAGGCUCCGCUUCGCGACGCUCAGGAUGGGGGCGCGUUUUGUUUUUAUCGUCCAGCCGUCUUUCGUUGUGUGCUUUUUUGUUAUUGCUUUGCCGGCUGCUAGUGUGGCGGCUUGUUCGUCGGGGUACAUUUUUGCUUUUGUGAGAGCUGCUCUCUCAGUGGUUUUUUGUGCACGGCCGCCGUAGCGCUGGAAUUUUCUUUGCUUUGAGGCUUGGGUUGGUUGAAUGCGAGCCGUGGACGAGCGCUGUGUCUGCGAGGGCACGGCUUUGGGCUGUCCUGGGCUCGAGUGCGCCGUGGG